AUGGGCUCACGAUGUGCACAGCGUCUCCUCAAUGGCGAACAGGCGCCCUCCUUGGAGGACUGCUGCCACCUGGAAGGGGAGACGCCAAUCGAGAUCAGGAUUCCUCGACAACCCGGAUGGUACGCAGGACAGCGGUGGCAGAGCCCACCGUUGGUCAUGCCCCAUAUGCGGGUGGCCCACCGGGUCGGCCCGCUUCCGGAAGCCGAGAAGCCGCCGAUGCCGAUUGGCGUGCCUGGUCGCUUUCCGCCCCCCGCAGCGCCGGCGCCGUCCCGCCGGCCUUGCGACGAGCAUGGCUUCGACGGUGACGCCUUCGCAGAGCCGCCCGACUCUUCGCGAUGGAGUCCUGGGCUGAUGCACGACCCGGCGGUGCUCCAGAUGCUCAACACCUGGACAGCUGAGCCGGGCCAUUUCCCAGAGAUCGUCCGCGUGCAAAGGCAAAGCCCAGGCCUCCGUGAGGGCGACGAAGAAGAGGGCGAGGACGACGAGGGUUUGCUGCAGGUGCCAAUGUGA